AUGCACGGAGUUCCGGAGGCGCCCAAGAAAAUCCCCCCCAACGGUUUCCACAAUCCGUUAAGUAACUCGGACGUUGGAUUGGGUAACCGCGCGCGCGCGCGCUCGCGCUCGACGCCGAAGAACACACACACACAAUACAAACGCGCAUCAGGGAAGUGGCAAAAAAAGAUCACAUUCAAUGAGAACAUCCUCGAAAUCAAGUGGCGCCAUUCCAAAAAUCUGACUCGACCGCAACAAUUCGCCUUCAAACUAUACGCGUAUGCUGUUCCACCGCCGCACCGUGGCUACCACGCGCCCAGCGUCACCAUCCAAACGCUUCUUCCGAUCCGCGGCGCGGCACUUGGCAUGCAUGUCCAGAGCGAACGAGUGAUCUCGACACUGGGAAGAAUGAACGAGGUCGACGACCGUACUAGGACGUCGCGAAACUACGAGAAGCAAAGGGAACAGGGGGACAAGGAUAGUAGAAGAAAUGAAAGCGACGUGCUAGGGCCCAGCAAGGAUGACCAGGCAAAUAACAAACUUCGUCACGCGUACAAAAAAGAAAAAGAAAAGGCCGAAUGA